AUGAGACGAGGUCAUUCAGGCAUCGGUGGAUGGCGAAGUGAAAAUACAAGACAUUUUAGACCCCGAGGAGGUGGAAAUCCACAUUUUAGACCAAGAAGCUACCCUCUAAUAAAUAAUCCCAGAUUCCCGCCUCCUGCACCAAGGUCACAUAGACCACCACCUUUUGUAUCAAGAUUAGGUGACAGUUGUGAAAUUAAAUCUAUACAAGAUAAAGAAUUUGAAACUGUAGAAGUUCCAAUAAAUGAUGAAAUUAUUUUGGAUAAUAGUCAAUCAUCUGAAGACAUCUUAGCACCUGCCACAUUAUCAGGAGACAGCGAGUGCAUAAUGUAUGACUAUUCUGCUGAUGAAAAUCUAUGCCGGGAUACUAUUACUGUCACAGGAAAUGCAGAUGCUGUUCUAGCUAUUGAAUGUAUAGAAAACAAUUUUAUAGCAGCCUGUUUGGAUGGCAAUGUUUAUCACUUCAACAGUGAUGGGCAGCUCAUCAACACUCUCAGAGGGUCAAACUUGGCUGUGACAUGUCUAACAAUUGUGAAGGAGAAAUAUGAAACAAUUGUAUACACUGGCUCCCUUGAUUCCAGAAUACGAUAUUAUGAUUUGGAGACGGGCAUAGAAAAAGGACCAGAGUGCAAUGUCUUAAGUCCAAUACAGACAAUGGAUCGUGCUUGGGAUACUGUAUUUGUAGGGACAAGGACUGGAUUUGUUUUGCAAUUUGAAUGUAAGAACAAUAUGUUAAUACCAGUGAGCACAGUGAAGUUCUCCGACCAAUCCAUUCUGGCACUCCGCGCUAUGAAGGAAGGACCCCGAAAGGUGCUCCUCGUAGCUGCAAGGUCCGAGAAUGUGACCAUAAAGGAUGCCCAAACUGGCCUCCUUCUGCGGACUUUAGAAGGACCAAAAAUGACUGUUUACACCCUGCUAUAUGAGGACGGAAAGGUGUACUGUGGAACUAGCAGUCACCAAAUACAAGUAUUUAAUUAUACUAGCGGGACGCACGUGGGCGUCCACGAGGGGGGCAAGGGGGCGGUGUGCCUGCGCGCGUCCGGCGGCCUGCUGUUCGCCGGAUGCUACGACGGCUGCGUAUACGUGUACCGGGAGGGCGAGCCGCGGCCGAUGGCGCAGCUCCGCGGCCCGGGGCUCAUGCUGCUCUCGCUCGCCGUGGUCGGCAGCAAGAUAAUUGCCGGCUACAAAGACAGAAGUUUGUAUAUUUGGAAAAUCCCAUUAAAUAUUUUGCAGGAGAUGAUUUUA